AUGCGUCUUCUACUAUUAUCACUAAGCUUCAUAUUUUCUCUUCUAAUCUUUCAAAGUGGAUUUCUACUCAAACGAAAAGAACUUCAUAUGCAUAGUAAAUGUAGUGAUGCUAAGUUACUUCAUUCCGAAUGCUGGAUGCAACGACAGUUCAGAAAGGUGGUUGUUUUGUUGGUUGAUGCACUCCGUUAUGACUUCCUAUUACCACUCGAUGAGAAUGCUCCACAAUCGUUUUUCCGCGGUCAAAUGCCAGGCGUUACAAAACUGAUGAAUCGUGGUGGUAGGAUUGGUCUUUUCCUUGCUGAUCCACCUACGACAACUCUUCAAAGAAUCAAAGCUCUCACUACAGGAACAUUGCCAACCUUCAUAGACGCUGGUGAAAAUUUUGCUCCAAGUCCGAAUAUCAAUGAAGAUAACGUUCUCUUUCAAGCAAAAAGCAGGAAUCUCAGUGUGACCUUCAUGGGUGAUGACACAUGGACAUCUUUAUAUCCAAACGUUUUCACAAAAACCUAUCCAUUUGACAGCUUCGAUAUCAACGAUCUCAAUAGUGUUGAUGACGCCGUACGAGAACUGCUGCGUGAAGAAAUGCGCUCUCCACAUCCUUCCGAUCUCGUUAUCGCACACAUUCUGGGAGUAGACCAUUGCGGACAUAAGCACGGACCGAACCAUUUUCAAAUGGCCGAUAUCUUGAGAAAGACUGAUAAUAUCAUUAUGGAAACCGCAAAUGCUCUAUCAAAUGAUGAUUUACUCAUCGUCUUGGGAGAUCAUGGCAUGACUACUACAGGAGAUCACGGCGGUGAGAGCGACGAUGAAGUACAUGCUGGUCUUUUGAUAUUUUCACCUGGAAAAAAGUUUCCUCCUCUUCCCAAUGGUCUCUUUCAAAUCGAUAUCGUACCGACAUUGUCACUUCUUCUUGGUCUUCCUAUUCCAUUUUCUAAUCUGGGUAUCGUGAUUGAAUCGCUUUUCCCAACGAAUCUGACAGAGCAAGCAAUCGCUUUGAAUUAUGAACAAGUUCGAAGGACGAUUCGGCGUCUUCAAGCUUCGCUUCGCGCAGCAUGGACUCAAUUUGAUGUGACGUCGAUGAGAUUGGGAAUGUUUUGCUUCAUAGACACGUUGCUCUUCCUAUUCUCGUCUCGUCCUUUGUCCACAGCCCAAUCGGUCGUGAGGUCUGGAUGUCUUCUCCUUCAACUUUCCGUCAUUUUCGGCGGUACAAAUGGGAACCCGGCUGUGUCGCUAUUACUUGCUGUCCUACCGAUAUCAGUUCUUACAUCUGUAAUUCCUAUCAUUUCUAAUCUGUUUUCAAUGCGACCACCCCAAGUGCCUCUGCUUUUUGCGUAUUCAUGCGUUUUCCUGCAUUCGGUCUCAUUUCUUUCUAAUAGUUAUGUGGUUUAUGAAGGUCACGUGCUGAGGUUCUUGGCACAAAGUGCAUUGUUUAUUUGUUUUGCUGAUAAGAUUGUCAGGGCUGCCCCUGAUCGCAAGCAACCACGUGUUUCUUCAGUUCUGGCAGCUUUGAUUAGCCGACUGCCUCGUUGGGAUGUAGGGGUGUUUGGAUUUGCUCUCGCGAUCGCUAGAGCGUUGUCAUGGCCAGUACAUGCAUGUCUGACCUUCCAUCAUUUGGUACGACUUACUCCAGAAACUAGUGUGAUGCAGCGGCAGACGCAGUUGCUGGGAUUGGCUCUUGCCCAGGUAAGGAGUGCAGCCUACCUGUGCCUAGUACAUACCAUCUGCUGGCCGCUGUUCCUUCUACUUGGCGAUGGUCUCCAACCAUCUCUAGUUGCAUUUCUUUUCAUUCUCUACGCUUGUAUCCAUCUAUGCGAUGCAGCCGUUUUGCCUCCACUCUUUGCAAUUCUCAUUCCAUUAGGUUUCUACCUCACCGGACACUCUCCAACAAUUCCAGCCAUUCCGUGGCAUGCGGCUUUCAUCGGUCUACCUGGUAAUUUUCCGUAUCGUGUUGUUCCUGCAAUUCUUGUACUUUCCCAUCUUGCGAUGUCUGCAAUCAUAGUGCCUCUGGUAAUACCUCUUCACCCAUUCACUAACGCUGAGUCACUGUAUUCUUUGGUUGGCUUCUCAGCAAUUCCUUCAUUGUUCUCAUGUAUUGCUGCCACAAUCCAUAAAAGGCAUUUGAUGGUAUGGAAAAUUUUUGCGCCACGAUUCAUUUUUGAAAGUUUUUUGUUUAUUUAUUUUCUUUGUGUAUCGAAUUUGGUUUUAUUUAUAUGUAAAAGAAUGAAACUUCUAUAA